UAACCAAUCCCACGCCUCAUGCCUAAACCUAACCAAUCCAACCAACGAAGGAAAACGAGUACGAGCCAAUCAGAGGCAGAGUAGGGCGGGCCAAGCCUUCGCCAUCCUAGGAAACGCUACAACUUUCAACGGAAAUCCUCGAAGCUGGUGUUGAGCUAACGGAGCUAACGGAGCUAACGGCUAGUCCCGUUAGAUAAUUUAAGAGCGGCAAUUACCACAGCUGUGUCGUAUUUUAGGUUUCCAAUCCUUAGCUAUCCAUCAAACUGACAUAAUGUGUCAACUUUCAUAAACGACGAGUCUGAAUUUUAAGACUUAAAAAUGAUUUCGCCGGCGGCUAACGUUAGCCACAUAGCCAGCUAGCGUCAUCGCUCGGUUGCCUGACAACGGAGAGGAAGCUAAACAAACUCGGCUCUCAGCUAGCGGGCUAGCUACGUGCUAGCUAGGUGGCUAAAUGAAGCCAGGGAACUGAUUCGGGCUUGUUAUUAUUUACACCGUUAGUUGUAUGAGUGGCAGACCGGUAAUGGCGGACGACGGUAGACGGGGGGAUGAGGAGGACCGCGGUCCCGGAGCAGCGCACCACCUCUUCGUAGUGAUGGAGUGUCUGCUGGAGAAGCUGAAGGUGUUGAACUACGAGGAGGAAGUUCUGGCCAAACACAACAUGAAGAACAUGUCCAGGCAUUACUUUGUCUCCAGUCCGUAUCUGGCGUUCAACUCGGGCGAGCAGUUCUUCAUGUUCACCAUCAUCGCGGCGUGGCUCAUCAACGAGGCGGGGAGGCCGUUCCCCGAGCCCCAGGAGUACGACGAGCCCAACGCCACCGUGGCCAACAUCCUGGCAGAGCUCAGGGCCUUCGGGGUCAAGGUGGACUUCCCGCCCUCCAAGCUGAAGUCCGGUUCAGGGGAACACGUCUGCUUCGUGCUGGACCGGCUGGCUGAGGAGGCUCUGAAGAGGAGGGGCUUCUCCUUCAGGAGACCAAACUACCCAACAGAAACCACAGAAGAAGAGUCUGUGGUCGAGGACGACGCAGAGCUCACGCUCAGCAAAGUGGAGGAGGAGAUGAUCGAGGAGCCUGAUGAUGAGGAGGAGAACGUAAUGGACCUGGAGACCCUGAAGUUACGAACCACUCACACUGAAGUGGAACCGUCCUCCAAGCCGGACGAGAUCCUUGAGUCGACGGUGGAUGCAGCAGAGUGGAACCUGGAGGUGGAGCGAGUCCUGGCGCAACUCAAAGUUACCGUCAGGACAGACAACAAGGACUGGAGGAUCCACGUGGACCAGAUGCAUCAACACAAAGACGGGAUCAAGUCCUCGCUCAAAGAGGCCAAUAGCUACCUGGACAAACUGCAGGAGGACAUCGGUAAGACCCUGGAGAAGGUGGGCAGCAGAGAGAAGUACAUCAACAACCAGCUGGAGCAUCUGAUCCAGGAGUACCGCAGCGCUCAGGCCAAGCUCAGCGAGGCCAAGGAGCGCUACCAGCAGGCCAGCGGGGGGGUGACUGAGAGGACCAGAGUCCUGGCCGAGGUCAGUGAACGCAUCACGCGUUCUCAUAUCACUCCACACCCUGCUCACGCCCUAUUUAUCCCCAUUGGACCAGAUCUGGUGACGGAUUGGAGCAACAACCUGUCUCUAAUGAUGACAUACAGCCAGUGGAGGCUGCUGCUGCAGGAUGUGAAAGAACCACAACACGACUAG